AUGAGCGGCGAUCCCCUCCGUUCACCACCACCACCACAGCCCGACGACGACGGCGGCGUCCGACGCCCACAGAGCCCGAGGGCCAUCCAGUUUGUCGACAACCUCGUCGAUACCGCCACACCGCGCCAGCAGCAACAACACCAGCAGCAGCACCUGCAGGAUCCCCUCAGCCCGACUCGAGCGACACCCUCCUCCAACGCUGCCGCGACAACAGCCGACGACAUGCCUCUGCACACCGGAUACGGCGCCACGGGCACCAAUGCCCAGGCCCUGCGCGACCCGCACCAGGACCCGGAAGACACGCCCACGCGCUCGUCGACGAUCAGAGCCGCCGGGCCCGGCCGCAUCCAGCUGCCGCCUUCGCCAUACACGCCGGUCGGCGGUGACAGUGGACCCGCGUCCGGCGACGAGGAUGGCGCUCGCAGCCAGAGGCGUAGGCACGGCGACGGCGGCGCGGACGCCGACAACAGGGACGGCGAAGACGACGCGACUGCGCCGUUGCCGUCGCUGCGUCCCUUUCGCCCCCGCGCUGCCAGCAGCAGCCCGAGCGUGUCCACGACCAACAACAGCCUCCGACCCCCCGGCCAGCGCAGGAUGUCGUUCAAGCGGCGCAUGCCCGCCAACCCCAAUCCGCGUGCCAACUUCCUCCAGCGCGCAUCGAUGGGCGUCUUCCCGUCUCGAAAGGCGUCCGACGCCGGCAGCGAGGGCCAGCCCAACUGGCGCAGGAUGCGCAGGGUGCACACGGCCAGCGUCCACCCGGCCGGCCAGGCCAGCGGCGACGGCGACGACCCAGACGGCGGAGACAGCGUGUGGGGCGACGUGCUCCCCUCCAUCCCGCGCCUCCUGCCCUCGAGCAAGCCCGACCCGUACUCGACGCCCAUCCCCACGCUGCCCUUUGUCGUCCUCUGCCUCGUCGUCUUUGGCGAGUUCAGCUCGGCGGGAGUCGCCGGCCCCUUUCUGUUUUUCAUGAUCGAAGACUUUGGCGUGGGCGGCGAGAGCGACGUCGGCUUCUGGGCCGGCAUCGUCUCGGCGGCCUUCUUCUUUGCCCAAUUCCUCACCUCGCUGAUGUGGGCCUCGGUGGCCGAGAAGCGCGGUCGCCGCUUCGUCCUGAUGGUCUCGCUCGUCGGCAACGCGUCCUCGCUCGUCCUGUUUGGCGCGUCCAAGACGCUGCCGGCGGCCAUCGCCGUGCGCAUGGCCCAGGGCUUUUUCAACGGCGCCGUCGGCGUCGCCAAGGGCGCCAUCCGCGACAUCACCGACGAGACCAACGAGGGCCGCGCCUACGCCCAGAUGGGCUUCUACUGGGGCAUGGGCGGCAUCGUCGGACCCAUCCUCGGCGGCCUGCUCGAGCACCCGGUGAAAAAGUAUCCUGGCCUCUUUGGCGGCAACGCCCUUUUUGCCGAGUACCCCUACCUGCUGCCCUGCAUGGCCGCCGCCUUCUUCACCGCCCUCGGCGCCUUUUUCUCGCUCUUUAUCGGCUACGACGGCGGCCCGCGGACGGGCAAGAUCCAGCUGCCGGAAAAGGCCGACGUCGGCCGCGCCACGAGCCAGAUGGCCAGCAACGUGGGCAGCAUCGGCAGGAGCGCCUCGAAGCGCAUCAGCGGCUACUUUGGCGGCAAGACCGACGACGAGUCGCUCCUCAGCCUCUCGAGGACCAACACGCAGACCGACGGGCCCUCGACGCCGCGCGGCCUCGGGGGCAAGGCGCUCCCGCGCACCUUUACCCAGCAGGUCGACGAAGAGACCGGCGGCCCGCCCUCGCCCGUCGAGAGCGAGGCCCACACGGUCGUGACGCGCACCAACUACAACGACUCUGGCUUCGACCGCAUCGAGUCGCAGUACCGGCCGCGCCUGUUUUCGCGCACCGAGGAGCGCCAGCGCAACGUCCUCGGCGGCGGCUCCGCCUACGGCUACGAGGCUCGCCGGCCGUCGAGGAGCAGCGCCGCCGCCUCGCAGCUACCAGUUCCGCACCGCCAGAGCACCUCGAACGCGCGCCAGGACUCGUUCGCCACGUCGCACGACCGCUUUCCCCGGCCCAGCUUCUCGUCGCAGACCGAGUACGCACCGGAUUUCGAGGACAUCGGAGCCCGGCCUCAUCUCAACUUUGCGCAGCGCUUCCUUUUGGCCCAGGACGACUCGGUGUUUACCAUCUCGGACCUGUGGGUGGCGGCUGCCAUCAACGGCGAGGACGCCUACGAGGACGUGUUUGAGGACGACGAGGAAGACGAGGACGAGGACAUGCUCGACGACGACGACGACGUCUUUGAAGAGGAGACGAGCAGCAUCGCUGGCGCCUCGGUCGACCGCUCGAUUGACGAAGAGGACGAGGACGAACCCACCGAGGGCUCGCCGCUGCUGGCGCCCAGGCACCUGCCGCCGCUCAACUUUGCGCAGCGCAAGCUGUCGCGCGCCGGCGCCCUGUCCGACGCCGGCCGCAGCGCAUCGUCGUCGACGCGCCCGCGCUCCUACCGCCGGCCGAGCGGCGGGCGUGUGCCCAGCCUGUACGCCAACACGGGCAUCGAGAGCCCGCUGCUGUCGCCGGGGGCCAACCUGAAUCCGUUUUCGCCGUCGGCCUCGCUGGUGGCGAGCCCCUUUGGGCCCGCAUCCACGACGCCGGCGCCCGGCGCACGGGCCGAGGGAGCGUGGGACCCGACGCUGGCGGGCAUCCCGGAGACGCAGUCGAACCGCAACAGCCUGAGCGCCGGCACGGCCAUGCUCCGACAGGGCUGA